AUGAAUCGAGUAAAAUUAAAAUUUCCAAGUACUGGGACACUUUUAGUCAAAUAUAUGUUUCUAAUGUCAUCAACAGGUUCUGGUUGUAUGAUUAAUCAUUUUCAUUUUUGUCGAUCUAAUCUUAAACAAGCUAAUUCAUCAGGUGAACAACAAACAAUCAACAAUUAUUACAAGUCAAUCUUCAAUGACAAAAAACAAAUACCAAAAGAUAUUAAACGUGCUAUUACAACGUCUUGUGUUGAAUUUGUUGCUGAAGAUGGUCGAGCAUUUCACUUACUUCAAGGAUCUGGUUUUGUUCGUUUAGCGAAACAAUUAUUUGAUAGUGGUCAACGUUUAUCUUCAUCAACAAAUAUUAGCAUUAGAGAUUUACUACCAACUUCUUCUACUAUAAGUCGAAAUAUUGAUAAAAUGUAUGAUUUUUACAAGCAACAAUUAAUAAAAUUUUUUAAAUCAAUGGAUAGUUAUUGUGUGAUUGUGGAUUUCUGGUGUGAACCGUUUACAGGUUUAUCAUAUUGUGGUAUAUCACAUAGUCAUAUUGAUCCAGAAUUUCAAUCAUAUAUGUUUUCAAUCGGCUGUUUUCCAUAUGAAAUGGAAAAUAAACGUGCACCAACUAUUCGUACAUUUGUUAAUGACACAUUAAAAGAUUUUGGUUUAGUAUUGGAUCAGGAAAAGUUCGUCGUGACCGACAAUGAACCAACGAUGUUAUGCACUUUCAAUACAGAUUGUAAAAGAAUAGGAUGUAGUGAUCACUACAUCAACAAACAGUUUCAACAUACAUUUACAACAAAAACAAUUGAUGGAAAAUUUGUUAAUUGUGAUUUGGCUCAAGGACUUUUCAAUAAUGUUAAAACUCUUGUUUCAAACAUUCGUCGAAUACACAAGCAGCAAAAUCUAUCGAAAAAAUUGGUUUUGUAUUCAGAUACACGUUUUAGUGGUGCAUAUGAAAUGCUCAAUGUAUUUUCAAGCAUUUUUGAUGAAUUAGUGCAAAUCCUUGAUUCUAAACUAUCAACUAUUUAUUCUAAUAUUGAGAAAGAUAUUUUAUUCGAUGUAUGCCGUUUUUUAUUUCCAUUUGAUACAGUACUUCGAGCAUUAAGUGAUGAUAAACGACCGACAAUUCAUCGUGUAUUACCAUUCAAACAAUAUUUGAUCAAUAAAUGUGUAAUUGAUGAAAAUGAUGAUGAAGCUAUUAAACAAGUGAAAUCCUUCUUGGGUAAACGUUUAGAUGAAAAAUGGGAAAUAACUGAUCAACAUCUUAUUGCUGCAGUACUUCACCCAAACAAUAAACAUUUACAUAAAACUCCUCAAUUCAAAGAUCGUGCUUUAUUUUUAUUAAAACAAGAAAUGUAUAAACGUUAUAAUCAUUCUUUAUCUACAAGUUCAUCAUCUGUUCCAGUUUCAUCAAUAACAUCAUCAACAAGUUCAAUUUCAUGUUCAUCAUCAACAAGUUCAAUUUUAUGUUCAUCAUCAACAAGUUCAGUUUCAUGUUCAUCAUCAACAAGUUCAAUUUUAUGUUCAUCAUCAACACCAUUCUCAUCUUUAACAUCAAUUACAAAAUCUGUUCGUCUAGAUGCACGUGAUAUUUUAUUACGAGAAGUUUUUGACAAACCACCUUCACCUUCAGCACCAGAAAGGAAUGAUGCUGAUAAAGAAUUUGAAAAUUAUUUAGCAUCGACGUUGGUGAUGGAAGGUGAUGAAAAUGAUGAUAUACUUGCAUUUUGGAGACAACAUAAACAAACAUUUCCAUUAAUUGCAUCAAUUGCUCGUGAUAUAUUAGCCAUACCAGCUUCUAAUACAACUGUAGAGAGACAAUUUUCUUCGUGUAAAAAUACUGUUACAGAUAAAAGAACCAAAUUAGGUUCUGAAAAAAUGAACAAAUUAAUCUUUUUGAAAAAAAAUAUGAAUAUUUUAAAAGAAAAAUUUCCUGUUAGUUUUGCUGAACCAAGUGAUAGUUUGAAUAACAAAGAAGCUGAUUUCUUCGACAAUCAAAGUGAUAAUGAAUGUUUUGUUGAUAUUGAAAGUGAAGAAGUUGAAGAAAUUUUUUAA